GAGGGAAGUUCGUAGCAUGAUAUUUGCCUAAGGUUUGUUCAGUACCGAUUUUCUUUCGUUCCUUCAACAGAAAAAUCAUGAAUAACGCAGUACAGUUAUGGGAUGGACAUUUGUCUGUGAUUACCAGGCCUGUACCUCACGUUCAAAACCCGCUGCAAGUAGUGAUAAAAAUAACUUAUUCGGCGGUAUGCGGGACUGAUCUUAAGAUUCUCGAAGGAAAGUUUUCAUGUGAGAAGUCAGUUAUUUUAGGUCACGAAUUUGUUGGGAUUGUAAAGGAAGCAGGGAGCGAGGUGAAGCACGUAUCUGUUGGCGAUCGUGUUGUUGUCAACCCAAACACUAGCUGUGGAAUGUGUGACAAUUGUACCAAAGGGCAACCACAUUUCUGCAAAUUUGAAGGAGUAAAAGCUACCAUUGGUAUCAGGCGAAAUGGGGGUUGGGCACAGUACUGUCGCCUGCCAGCCAAGAAUGCCAUUCCCUUACCUCAUCAGUUAUCAUUUGAACUUGGUUUGUUACUAGAACCAAUGUCUUGUGUUGUACAUGGCUGGAAUCGUUUACAACCAAUCAAUCCAGAUGCUGAAAUUUUAGUUUGUGGAGCUGGAAGUAUGGGAUUAUUGUUCAUGAGUAUGCUGCAUUUUAGGGGGUUUAGAGAAGUCGUUGUUACGGAGCUCUUGAAGGGACGUCAAAAGAUUGCACAGAGACUGGACUUUGGUUUUCAAAUAGUUCAUCCUGAGAUUUUAAUUUCUGAAGCUAGAAAUGCAAAGCAGGAUGGGGAUGAAGAUUGGGGGUUCGAUAUUGUUAUUGACUGCACUGGGGAUCCAAAGACUUUGGAACUAGGAGUUCAAUGGUUGCGUCAAGGCGGAAAGUUUCUUCUCUUUGGCAUUUCGCCUGCUGGAUCAGAAGCAAAGCUUGAUCCUCAUGAGGUGUAUGCUAAGGAACUGAAAAUUAUAGCUUCCAGAAUAAAUCCUUUUACAUUCAAUUCUUCUAUGCAAAUAUUACAGGACAUGGGAGAACGAUAUUUGAGUUUUGAAAAACUAGGAAUGCGCACUUUUCAACUCCAGGAAUUUACAGCAGCCCUUGAAGUCCAACGUAGUGGGGAAAUUUCAAAAGCAGUUUUUGAAAACUGAAUAAUUUUUUGUAAUUUGGAUUUGGUAUAAGUCAUGGGAGU